AUGGGUUCGUCGCUGGGGGGAGAGGAGGAGGAACGGAUCCUGCUAGCGCGCGCGACGCCGCCGGAGAACUUUGAUGAAUACACAGGCGAUGGCUCAGUUGAUUUCAGAGGCCACCCUAUUUUAAAGCAUAAUACAGGCAACUGGAGAGCAUGCUCAUUGAUUCUUGGAACUGAAGUGUGCGAACGCUUAGCCUACUAUGGGAUCUCCAAAAGUUUGGUCACUUAUCUUUCAACUAGACUGCAUGAAGGCAAUGUGUCUGCAGCUAGAAACUUCACAACCUGGCAAGGAACUUGUUAUCUCACACCACUUAUUGGAGCAACCUUAGCAGAUUCUUACUGGGGAAAGUAUCGGACUAUUGCUGUUUUCUCAACUAUUUACUUUCUUGGGAUGUCAGCAUUGACGCUUUCAGCAUUGGUUCCUUAUCUCCAGCCCCCUCAAUGUAUUGGGUCUUUUUGUCCAAAACCAGCCUUACACCAGUAUUUGAUAUACUUCGUUGGACUAUACAUGAUUGCUUUAGGGGCUGGAGGUAUCAAGCCAUGUGUUUCGUCCUUCGGUGCAGACCAAUUUGAUGAUACCGAUUCAGUUGAGCGAACAAAGAAAGGCGCUUUCUUCAAUUGGUUUUAUUUCUCCAUAAAUAUCGGUUCAUUGAUCUCUGGCACUGUUCUUAUUUGGGUACAAGAAAAAUAUGGAUAUGGUAUUGGAUUUGCAAUCCCUACCUUUUUCAUUGCCCUAGCUAUCGGAAGCUUUUUUCUAGGCUCAGAGGUAUACAGAUUUCAGAUACCUGGAGGAAGCCCUCUUACAAGAGCAUGCCAGGUAGUUGUUGCAGCCAUUUACAAGCGAAAUGUGGACUUGCCAGUUGAUAGUUCUCUUCUCUAUGAGUGUCAUGGUAAGAGAUCAGCUAUCGAGGGGAGCCGCAAGCUGGAGCACAGCAGUGAAUUCAGUUUCCUUGACAAAUCUGCAGUCAUUUUGCGGAGUGAAUGCGGCGAUAUUCAUAAUCCUUGGAGGCUUUGCACUGUCACACAGAUUGAAGAGCUCAAAAUAUUAAUGAGGAUGUUUCCAAUCUGGGCAACGGGCAUCGUGUUCUUCACUGUCUGCGCUCAGAAUUCAUCAAUGUUCAUAGAGCAAGGGAUGGCACUCAACAACCAAGUGGGAUCAUUCAAGAUCCCGCCAGCCACCCUGUCGUCCUUGGACGUAAUCAGCAUCGUCGUUUGGGUCCCUAUUUAUGAGAGAUUCAUCGUGCCGAUAGCCAGGAGAUUGACUGGUAAGGAGAGGGGCUUCUCGGAGCUCCAGCGCAUGGGGAUCGGUCUUUUUGUGUCCACCAUCGCAGUGGCAGUCGCAGCAUUGGUUGAGAUCAAGCGCCUGGAGAGCGCAAGAUCCGAGGGCCUGGUCCAUCAGAAGGUGCCUGUUUCCAUGAGCAUUCUCUGGCAAGCGCCUCAGUACCUGCUGAUCGGUGUCGGCGAGGUGUUCACGUCCAUCGGUCAGGCUGAGUUCUUCUACAACCAGUCUCCAGACUCCAUGAGAAGCCUGUGCUCGGCUUUUGCCCUUGUCACCGUGUCGCUCGGAAGCUAUCUUAGCUCGUUCAUACUGACCCUGGUGUCGUAUCUUACGACGAGGGGGGAGCAGAUGGGGUGGAUUCCUGACAACCUGAACGAAGGCCACCUUGACCGCUUCUUCUGGCUCAUUGCUGGCCUCAGCUCCCUGAAUUUUCUUGCUUUCCUUUAUUUUGCACAGCAGUACAAGUGCAAGAAAGCUUCUGUACUUUAA